AUGCUGGACUUGGCUCUGGAUUUGCUGUUGGUGGAGCUGGUGGUGGCUCUAGCCUCAGUUAUGGACUUGGUGGUGGAUAUGGUGCUGGUGGUGGAUACAAUGUUGGAUUUGGUGCUGGAGGUGGAUUUGGUGCAGGCGGUGGAUAUGGUGCCGGAUUUGGUGGCAGUGCUGGGUUUUGUCCUGCUGGCAUCGCACCUGUUACCAUUAACCAAAGCCUUCUUACACCACUCAACUUGGAGAUUGAUCCAAAUAUUCAAAGGGUGAGGAAAGAGGAGAGGGAGCAGAUGAAAACACUCAACAACAAAUUUGCUUCUUUCAUUGACAAGGUAAAAUGAAAUCUCAAAAUCUUAAUUGAUAGAAAUAUAUAUGUCAUUUUAAGAAUAUUCAAAGAUGAAACUUUGAUGAUUUAUUUACAGGUCUGAUUCCUGGAGCAGCAAAAUAAAAUGUUGGAAACAAAGUGGAAAAUUUUACAUAACAAAAGACUAUCAGAAGUUACAUUGAACCCUACUUUGAGUCUUAUUUAGCAAAUCUUAGGAGGGAUUUAGAAAGAAUUGGUGGAGACAGAAUACAACUUGAAGCAGAACUCAUAGGCAUACAAGAUACAGUAGAAGAUUUCAAAGGAAAGUAUGUUGUUGUUACAAAAUAAAAGUUUUUAAAAAUGGAUGCAUUCAUCACGUCCAUUAAAUUAAAAAAUGUUACCCUAAUAUUUUUUCUCUAAGGUAUGAAGAUAAGAUCAACAAGCGCACAGCUGCUGAAAAUGACUUUGUGGUGCUUAAAAAGGUAUGCAUUGAAACAGAUGAUGAUCUGUAUGUAGCCUAUAUAUUUGAUUUGUCUUACACAGAUUUUUGCAAGUUUGCUGAAAUUGUAAACUCGCUUGAGCUUGGCCUUCUUCACUUUUUGUGUUUAUCAACAUUAUUUGUGUCUGUCAAUUACAUGCUUUUAAAUAAUCCCAUUGUUAUUUGUAAAACACUGCGAAAAAUGUUGGCGAUAUCUAAAUGCUAAUAAUAAUGAUAUUAUGAAAUUAAAAGUACAGUGGGACCUCGGGUUACGAAUUUAAUGUGCUCCCCGGGACAUUUCUUAUUGCAAAAAAUUUGUUAACUGAAACGCGGUUUCCCAUAGGAAUGCAUUGAAAACCAAUUAAUAUGUUCUGGAGGUCAGAAAAAAGUCAAAAUGAGCUGGCAUGGAAACCAAACCACAAUGCAGAACACACAAUAAAAGGUAUGCAAACAAUGAAGCUCAGCUCCCUACCUUUCCACAGCUUGAGAAAUGCACCAAAAAGUCCCAAAACAACUGCAAACAAUUUCCAGAAUGGUUCCAAACUAGAUGCAAAAGCAGCUCCAACACCUCCACACUCUAUGCCACGUGCUACCCACAGGCUCCAGCAUGCAGGGGGCAGUGCUAUAAACCUCCCAGGUGCAAUGCAUCCUGGGGAAACUUGCUUUGUAUUGCGAAAAAAAAUUGUAAACCGAGGCAUUAUUUUCAAUUGAUUUUCAUUUGUAAACUGAAAAUUAUUUUAACCAAGUCAUUUGUAAACCAUGGUCCCACUGUAUGUGUUAAAGUAGAUUAUGAGAAAUCUACUAAUGUUGCAAUCUCCGAAGCCUGCUACAUUUAAGAAAGCCUGCGUAGGAGGAAUUUCUUAGCAAUGUUGAAAUUAAUAUUGGUAAACAAGCAACAUCAUAGAAUAUUCUCUAUAACCCUAUUGUGAAAGCACCAGGUAUAAAUUAAACAGACUUAAUUUUCAUUAUGCAGUAUGCAGUUUUAUAUCACAUAUUAUUUUGUCAUGGAUGAUGAAAUCCAUAGUCCGAGAAGAUUUCUAUUAUUGGGUCAUGUGUUGCCCCUACGCAAACUAUCUUUGGCGCUACACUAAACUAUUGUCUAAAACUGCAGUAUUCAUAAGUGCAAAUCCAAAUGUUCUGGUUUCAUUUGGAUACUAACAAUAUGGUCACAAUAAAAUCCUCUUUCCUGGCUAAUCAUGGCAGCAUCGCUUAUGGGUAGCUCCGCCCCUAACCAGAUCAGGACAGGAUAAACCAAUAAUAAAAGAGAGAAAGAACGAGGCUGGGGGCAUAAAAGGUCCCUCCUCCUUCCAUACCUCAGUCUUUUUUUCCUGUCCUUAACCGUACAGACAGGUUAAAAUGUUAUUUAGCAAUUUUUCUUUUUUUGGCCACCUUCCCAUGUGUACCAUCGUUCUACCACACACAGUUCAGCCUCUCUGUGCCUGAAAUACCUAGUAAACAGCAUGCAUGAGCAUUUCGUGUACUCACGUGUUCGUUAGAAUCAUUUGUUCGGGAGUUUGUUCAUGUUGCUGUGGUAAGCCUAACAUAUGGUAAGUGAUUCCCUGUUCGUUCAUUUCAUUUAAUUAGUUUUUUCCUCUAGUUUUUUCUAAGGGAUUCACCAGUUUGGUGAGUGAAUUCCCUGUUCGUUAGUUUUGUUUUGUUUGUUUUUUUCUUCCAUUUGAAUGCUAUGUCAUUCGUUUCCUUUCUAAGGGAUUCUCCAGGCUAGCUUCUGUUCGUUUAUACCACAGUUCUCAUAAUUGGCGCGAUCUGAUCUAGAAAAAAGGCGCGAAUGGCUCAGCAUUCUCUCGAAUGAUCUGCGCAUGUGCAAUCAUCCUCAUUUAAAGAGACAAUCUUUUUUUGAUUUGAUCUUUCAUUUGAUUCUUAAAGUGUCUAGUUCAUUCAUUUCCUAAACUAUUCUGGAAAGUUAUUCGGUACUGCCAGAGUCUUUUUUUCUCACCUGAAGGUAAGAAUUAUAUCUUUAUCCCCAAAAUUUAUUCUUAAGUCAUAUUAAGGUAAUAAAAUUCUUCACUCCUUUUUUCUUUUAGAUGUCUUCUCCCUCUGCUGCCCAACCGCUCGGAUUCAAAGAAACAUAGGUGAGCCAAGUUUUUAUCUACGUAAGGGGAAUGAAAGAGUGCCAUACAGGCCCCAUAGUUAAUUACAUGGCCUUUCUUAUCUUGCAGCCCUAGUAUGAGCCAGGAUAGAUCUCCCAGGAAACACAAGGAAAAAUCCAAUUGCUGCUUGGCCUACAAUAAAAUUGCUCUAGAGGGUAAAAACCUAUGCCUCCCCUGCAUGACAGAAGUGACAGACAACCAACCCAGGAAUAGUUCCCCUCAAGAAGAACUUAAGACCUGGAUAUCCGAAGCCAUAGCUGAAGGCUUCAAAGCUUCUUCAAAACACACCCCAUCCAAGAAACGUCAGAAAACGGAGUCCUCUUCUCCCUCAUCUGAAUCUGAGCUGAGGAAUUUAUUGACUAGGAGGAGGAAGAUAUGGAAUAUGGCCCUAAAUCCUUAGACACCACAUCUGUCGAAAAACUAAUCUUCCUAAUAAGAAAUACCCUAAAAUUACAGGAAGAGAAAAGGAAGAGAAAACUGAAUCCUUGGAAUCUGACAAAUAUUUUGAAGACCUCAGAUCUUCAAAACCAUUGUUUCCUGUGCAUCCUUCUAUCAAGGAAAUGAUCCUCAAUGAAUGGGCCAGACCAGAGAAGAAAGUUACCCUAAAAAACAAGAAUCCUAGGAUCUACCCAUUUGCCUCCAAAGAUUGCAAAACUUGGAGUGCUAUCCUGAAAAUUGAUGCAAUAAAAUAAUAAAAAUUGCUAAACGUACCACGCUUCCCAUUGACUCCAUGGCAUAUCUACGGUAACCUAUGGAGAAAAGACUGGAUGUCCACCUAAUAAAAGCUUAUCUCUCUCUUGGCUCAGCUUUACACCCAGCCACAGCCCUAACCACCUGGUCCAGAGCUAUGAAGGUAUGGUUAGACAACCUGGAAGAAGAGGUGUGAGAAUAGAACACCUUCUGGACAACCCUAGGCACUUCAGACUCACAGCGGACUUCAGCUCUGAAGCAUCCCUGGACAUCUGAUGAUUGCUAAAAGCAUGGCAUUAUCUGCCUCUGCCAGAAGAGCCCUAUGGUUACACUCUUGGGGAGCUAACUCUUCGAAAGCCUCCCUUUGCACUCUCCCCUUCCAAGGUGAUCUCCUGUUUGGAAAAGUACUCAAUGAGGCUAUCCAAAAAGCAGCAGACAAGAAAGCCUUUCUACCUCAAGGGAAGAGAUACCCAAGACAAAAAAGUUUUGUAUUAGGUCCUUUCGAGACAAUAGGUCAUACCAACCUGGUAAAGAGCACAAUAGGUAUGCAUCUUGGAGAACCUAUCAACCUUCAUCUUCCUCAAAAUCCUCCAGAGGAAGGGGAUCUAGAGUCCCUUACAAAAACUUCUGAAAGUUUACAGGCCCAUACAGACUACCUAGGAGAAAUACUUCACCAUUUCCUAUCUGUCUGGGCCGCAAACAUAUCAGACUCUUGGGUCAUGUCUAUCCUUGAUCAAGGUUACAGAAUUGAAUUCGACUUUCCUCCUGGCAACUCCUUCAUAAGCUCAAGAAUACCCUUGGGGAAAAAAGGCAAAGCCAUGAUUUCAGAUGUGAAAAAACUGCUUCUUCAAGGUGUCAUAUAAGGGCAUCUACUCAACAGUAUUUUUGGCCCCCAAACCCAAUGGGAAAUGGAGACUUAUAAUAGAUCUGAAAAAAGUCAACCUAUUCCUGAAGAGCAUUUCGUUCAAGAUGGAAUCCAUAUCCACUAUUAUUCCCAAUAUCAAUAAAGGGGAUUGGCUAACAUCCAUAGACCCAAGGGACGCAUAUUACCACGUUCCCAUCUACCCUCUUCAUUGCAAGUUCCUCCGUUUUCAUAUUAUGGGACAGCACUUCCAAUUCAGAGGCUUUCUUUUUGGCUUAAGCCUUGCUCCAAGGACCUUCUCAAAAAUCCUGGUGGUCCUUAUAGCACACCGGAGGAAACAGGGGCUUGUCAUAUUUCACUACCUAGACGACAUUUUAAUUGUGGCUCCAUCUCAUCUAGAAGCCUCUUGUCACACCACACGGGCCGUGAACUGUCUUCAGGAACAUGGUUGGAUUGUCAACGAAGAGAAGAGUGCUUUGACUCCAUCUCAACAAACAAUAUUCCUGGGGGCUUAUAUCGACACUGUAGAAGCAAAGGUCUUCCUAUCACCAGAAAGGAUAAGCAGACUGAAAAGCAAAAUGUUCUUGGUUCGCCACAAACCUUCCAUCACAGCCAAGGAGUACAUGAGCAUACUGGGCUCGAUAACCUCAACUAUAGGUUUAGUCCGAUGGGCUCAAUGGAACUCAAUAACUAUCCAGUCGAAUUUCCUGAGUCAGUUCAACCGCUAUCACAACAACUUGAAACAAAUUAUUAAAAGUCCCCAAAUCGUAAAAGAUCAGUUGGGAUGGUGGCUUCAGCAAGACAAUCUAUGGAAAGGGUUUCCAAUAGAAGAUCCUCCAUGGCAAGUUAUCACUACAUAUGUGAGCAUGACGGGAUUGGGUGCUCACACAGAAUCAAUAUGGAUUCAAGGCACUUGGAAACCAUCAGAGAAAUGCCUUCACUCAAAUCUGCGGUAACUGAGGGCCAUUUAUGUUGCUAUACAGAAACUCCACAGGGAUCUCAGGAGUCCUUGGCUCUCUAUACGUACGGACAACAGGGCAGUGGCUGCCUAUAUAAAUCACCAAGGAGGUACAAGAAGCAAACUCUUUUUAAAAGAAAUAACUCCUCUGAUGUCCUGUGCACAGAUUCAUAUCAAAGGCCUAAAAGCAAGUUACCUACGAGGGACGGAAAACAUUUUGGCAGAUUUCCUCAGCAGAACUCACAUUCUACCAGGUGAGUGGAGCUUGAAACCCAGAGUUUAACGAAGAGGUGGGGCAUACCCCAGGUAGACCUGAUGGCCAGCAGACAGAAUGCUCAGGUGGAAAGUUUUUUUUCCCUCUCCAAGGAACCUCUAGCUCUGGGGCAAGAUGCCUUUUUCCAUCCUUGGAACUUCAGCCUGGGGUAUGUGUUCCCUCCCCUGCCUCUGAUUCCCAGGGUACUGAAGAAAAUCUGGAAAUAAGGUGUUUAUUCCGAUCUGGCUCAGGUUACCUUGGUAUCACUUUCUACUGAAAAUGUCUCUGACCCAUCCAUGGCUUCUUCCAAUCUCCCCGAACCUUCUAAUCUAGGGUCCAGCAACUCACCUCAAUCCAUGCAGCUGGAACAUGGGGACCUGGCUGUUGAAAGGAGAUCCCUCCUCAUCCAGGGCCUAUCCGAAGCAGUGAUUGAUACCCUCCUAAAGGCAAGGAAACAGUCCACAUCUUCCUGUUAUUAUAGGAUUUGGGAAACUUUCCAAAAAUGGGCAGUGACUAAAUCUUUUGAUUUUCAACAUCCUACUCACCUCCAUGUUUUGGAAUUUCAUCAAGCAGGCCUAGACAAAGGUCUCAGCCUGAGCACCUUGAAGGUGCAGUCCUCAGCUCUAUCUGCACUAUGUAAUACCUUAUGGGCAUCUCUCACUCUCAUCUCAAGGUUCUUUAAGGCAGCGUUACACUUACACCCUCCAGCCCAGUGCCCCCCCCGAGAUUCUCCCCUGCCGACUAAUGCAGGGCUGGCAUUGUCCAAGUGCCGGCCUAGCAAUGUGAUCAGUGAUCUCCCUCCCCGGUCCGCAGACACCGUGCUGGCAGCCGGCAGGGGAGGUGAGAGAGGACCCGGAAGCUCAGCCUGCAGCUCCUCCUGGUCGUCCUCUCGCGAGCAUGGAGCAUUGCCGCGGUUACCACGGCAACGCUCCAAAUCUCGUGAGUGUGAACUCUAGCCCUGGAGCUACGGGCUAGAGUUCACCUCACCACCAUUGGGACCACCAGGGAUUCUCCACCGGACCACCAGGGAUGAAGGGGACAUAAAGUAUAAAGUAUAAAUAAAAAAAUAUUAAAAAGUCUCCUUCCCUCCAUACAAACACUGCCCUCCAUACACACACUACACACACUGCCCCACAAACACUGCCCCUAUACACACACUACACACACUGUCCCACAAACACUGCCCCCAUACACACACACUGCACACCCAUACCCACACUGCCCCACAAACACUGCCCCCCAUACACACACUGCCCAAAACACACAUACACAGCAACUCUCACACACACUGCCACCCUCACAUACACACUGCACAGCUCACACACACACACUGCAGCUCUUUCACACACACACUGCCCCACACAUACACUGCCCCCUAACACACACACUGCAAGCCUGAUAUACACUGCCACCCUCACGCACUCGCACACACACUUCACCGCUCACACACACAUACACACUGCACCUUUCACACACACUUCACCCCUAACACAUACCACUGCUCCUAUGCCCUAUAUCCGAGCAGACCCCAGGUAAGUUGUCAUACUGUUCUUAAAUGGUUUGACUACUUACUCUAGGAUGGGAUCCUGACUCUACUGGCACCAUAACUACUGCACUGAGCUGUAGUGGUUAUUGUGCCUGGAUUAUUUAUUUAAGUAAUCUACAAGUGCCCCUCCCAAGAUCAGGCUCUGAAUCCGCCACUGCUCUAGCCAGGAACUCAGCUCCUCCAUGGGAUUUGCCAUUAGUCCUGAAUGCUUUAACGGAAGUUCCCUACGCACCUCUGAAGGACAUCUAGUUCAAUACCUCACUUAUAAAACGGUAUUCUUGGUGGAGGUCACCACGACUAAGAGGAUUUCCGAACUCCAGGCAUUCUCUAGUGAUGAGUCACUCCUUCAUAUCUUUCAUGAUAGAGUGAUCCUAAGACCUAGUGAAGACUUCCUUCCAAAAGUUGUAUCCAGGUUUCACCUGCUCCAGGAAGUGGUUCUCCCUUCCUUCUGUUCCUCCCCGUCUUCUCCCGAGGAAGAGUGAUACCAUGAACUCGAUGUGAGAGAACUUUUGAUCAAGUACCUGUCUGUUACUUCUGACUUCAGAAAAAACAAAAAAAUGAUUUGUACUUCCUUCUGGCCUUCUUGAGGGAGAAGCGGCCUCUUCCUCUACCUUACGGAGAUGGAUAGCUUCUGUCAUAACAGACUCCUACCUGCGGAACAAGCUGACUCCUCCAUCAAAGAUCAGAGCUCACUCCACCAGAUCCCUGGCUACAUCUUGGGCUAAUUGGGCAGAGGUUCCUCCGGAUUACAUCUGCAGAGCAGCUACUUGGUCCACUCCUACUACCUUUAUUAAGCACUACAAACUGGACCUUCAUUCUAUGACUACUUCUUUUGGGAGAGGUGUCUUAUCUACUGUUGAAGUACAUAAAUGAAAUUGGAAUUUGUUUUGCAGCAAUCUGAGUUUUUGUGUCUAUUCAUAUUGAAUCGUUUUUUUCCCUCCCUUUCAUGGGUUUUUGCUUGGGUAUUACCCAUAAGUGAUGCUGCCAUGAUUAGCCAGGAAUACGGAAAAUUAAAUUACAUACUUACCUAGUAAUUUUCUUUUCCUUGCAAUUUAUCAUGGCAGCAUCAGUCACCCUCCCUUCUUGCUUUUGGACUUGACUGAGGUAUGGAAGGAGGAGGGACCUUUUAUGCCUCCAGUCUCUUUCUCUCUCUUUUUUUUUUUUUUUUAGUUAAUCCUGUCCUGAUCUGGUUAGGGGCGGAGCUACCUAUAAGUGAUGCUGCCAUGAUAAAUAGCCAGGAAAAGAAAAUUACGAGGUAAGUAUGUAAUUUAAUUUCCCGUAAUAUUUGACUUUUCUGGUUUUAGUCAAUCCUGCGAAACCUACCACACAGGUGCUUUUGAUUUCUGUUUUUCUUGGCUGUGGAUGCACGAACAGUUUCAUAGAGGGCACAGUCAGUCUCUUGAAAACUAGGUACCAGAGACUGUGAGCUUCAUGCAAAUCUUCUAAUUAUCAAUUGUAAAGAACCAGCCAUUCCCCUCUCUCUUUAGUAUAUAAAUAUUACAUAUGUGAUUGCAUGCUUACUUAAACAGUAAAUAACUAGGGAUAAAUGAAAGGAUUAUUUCUGACAGCCUGUAACAUUACUCAUCUUUCCACAUUAAAAAUCUACUAAAGAGGUGUACUUUUUUUUUUUUCAUUUAAAAAUAUAAUGUGUCUGGCAGUUGCUUAAGGCAAUAUAGUGCUGUAUUUAGCAUUCAAUUCAUUUUUAAAUGAUGGAAUACUUUAGUGUCAAUUAUUCAUUCCUUUUUUCCAAUUGUGAUGAAUACAAGAAUCGACAACCUUUUGAACACCAUCUGUUGAAUACAGGGCAAUGUUUCCCAUAAUUUUCAGCUCUCUUGACGGUUGAAAGUAAUAAUUUAACGUGGAAUAUUAGAGAUCGCGCACUCCUAAUUAGUGAAAAAAAAUUUUUUCAUGGAAAUCCACAUAGAAAUCAGUAGAAUCGACUUGUUUUUUCCAAGUUUUGUCCCAGAAUUAUACAUACAUCUCAAACUGUGUCUUGUAUAUGGUCUUAUCUUCUAUUCGUCUGUUUGUUUGUUUUUGUUUGUUUUUAAUAUAGAAUGUAUUCUAUAAAUAUUAUCAAGUAUUUUAUAUAAUGCUAUCAUUAUCCAUUUAGGAACGUGGAUGUGGCUUUUACGAACAAAGUGGAUCUAGAAGCAAAAGUAGGGCUACAAACCGAUGAAAUCAGCUUUCUGCAGACAUUAGACAUGUGCAAUUUGUUUCGGUCCAAAUGAAAAUUCGGCCGAAUUUCGGGCAAUUCGGACAUUCGGGUGCUUCCGAAUGUCCGAAUAGUUGAAUUGCCGAAGUGCCGAUUUGUCGAAGUCUCGAAGUGCCGAAAUUAACGAAUUUCCGAAGUGUAGUAGUGCCGAAUUGCUGAAAUGCUGAAUUGCUGAAGUGCCAAAGUUCCGAGGUGUCAAAGUGUCAAAGUGCCGAAGUUCCGAAGCACAGUAUUGCCUAAGUACUAAUAUACUUACCCAGUGAAAGAAGAAGAAUGUUACAUUGUAUACAAUUUUAAAUAAAAAGUAUACAAACAUAGCCAGGAUUCAGCUGUAAGCAUUUGCAACACUUAGAACAAUCAAGUAACACACAUUCAUAUAAAAUGGAUGAAUAAAUAGAUAAAAAAGGAAUGAAUAAGUAGAUUCCCACGGUAUUAGGUAUUAGCUAUCUACUAAAAGGCUGAAAGAUCUGAAUUGGUCUUUCAGUCAAAUUUACUAAUACUAAGUAAAGAUUACUUAGUAUUAGUAAAUUAUACCCCUACUCGCUAUAUCGCGAGUAGGGGCAUGUCUAUUAAACAGUGAACUAUUGUCCCCCCACUCAGGCCCCCACCCUUGAGAGGCAGCUGGGGGCCCUAAAGUGAAAAAAGGGGGGAGGACCUAUUGUCCUCCCCACCGGCCCCAUCCCUGAGUGGGGAGGACAUUAGGUCCCCCCCUAAACUAGAAGAAGGGGGGGACCUAAUGUCCUCCCCACCCCUGAGCGGUGGGUGGGGGCCCUAAACAAGAAUAAGGGGGGGACCUAAUGUCCUCCCCCCUGGCCCCCACUCCUGAGCGGUGGGUUGUGGGCCCUACACAAGAAUAAGGGGGGAUCCUAAUGUCUUCCCCCCUGGCCCCCACUCCUGAGCAGUGGGUGGGGGCCCUAAAUACAAAUUGGGGGGACACCUAAUGUCCUCCCCCUGGCCCCCACCCCUGAACGGCAGGUGGGGGCCCUAAAUACAAAUUUAACCCCCACUCCCCCCAGCCAGGUGACUAGGGGUCCCCAAACCCCUAGUCACUCCCUCCCCCAAAAAAUGAACCCCUAGCUACCCCCUUUCACCCUAAAAAAAAUGAGGGGGGACCUUUAAAUAAGUACCUGUAAAAAUAAAAAUAAGAUAAAUAACAGGCACAUAUAUAAGACACGUAAUAUUUUACCCUUUGCAAUUUCCAAAUAAAAAGAAAAAAAAUGCAAUUUAUGUAUUUUUUUUCCCUUUUAGUAUGAAGAGUUGCGUAUUUCUUCAGGAAAACAUCGAGAUGAUUUAAGGAACACCAAAAAUGAGAUUGCUGAACACAAUCGAGUUAUUAAUAGAAUCAAGGGAGAAAUCGACAAUGUGAAAGAACAGGUACUGUUCAACCUGACCCAAAUAUUUUAUGAAUUAAAACAUUAUACUAUCAUGCUAAUAAUGUUACCACUCCAUGCAUCUCAAAGGGACACUAUAGGCACCCAGACCAGUGCAGUGCCCCUGUCUGUUAAACCCUGUAAUGGCAAUUAUUGCAGUUUUAUAAACUGCGAUAAUCACAUUGCAGGGUUAACUCCACCUUUGGUAAUUGAUUCAGUGCUUUCCUAUGGGGUAGUCCUAAUGAGUGCUCAGGUAAGUGACAGAAGGGUUUUUAACCCUUUCUGCACUGCAGGGGGUUGGGGUGUCAAUGGUGAGAGGGGGACUAUAAGAGUAUUAUAGUGCUAGGAAUACAAUGUUAAUGCUAAUUCUGAGCUGCACUUAAGGGAGCACUUUAAUCAGCAUAUAUACUUCCUCCCUGCCGCCUUUAUUUCAUUUUUUUCAAUGCUUUCCUGGAGAUAAAUAUCUUUUUUUUUUUUUUUUUUAUUUUGUCACCUUCUUCAGCUUUCAAGCAAUACUCCCUUCAUGUCUGGCAAUAUGCAUUUUGUGCAACUUCUGUGUCUAGCUUAA